UAGUAAAUGGUUGGGAGAAAAUAACCCAAUUAUCGGGCAGAAUUUGCCCAAAUUCGAUUUACCCAGUAACAUCUGCCCAACUUUCGUUACAGUUUACAGACAUGCUAAAGCGAUUGAAUCCGUAUUUUCAGAACCAUCCGUCAAGAUCUUGGUGUCAAUCAAUGAAAUAUCCCCGGGGACUAUCUUUACUGCUAACCUACAGGAUGAAUUAGUAUUUACUGCCAUCCCCGCUUCACCUGAACCAAGGGGUAUAACAUACGACACUGUUUCUCACAAGAUAUACUGGAGUGAUUUAUCCGACAAAAUGAUUUAUCGAGCUAAUGUAGAUGGGACGAACAGGGAAGAUGUCGUUCUAUAUAACUAUAAAAAAGGGGUAUCAAAUAUGGCCGUUGCUCAAACACCAAGGAUACUCUUCCUGUCUUCUGGGCAGGCAUACAAAAUAACAUCAGUGUCAAUUGAAGAGGGUAGUUCUGUACCGAAAACUGAAGUGGAUUUCCUAACCAAUCUCAUUCAUACUCCAGCCGCCAUUUUGGUCGACGACGAACAAGGAUAUCUGUACAUCGCCUUAAGAUGGAGUAUAGUUCGUACGAAUCUCACUGGAUCUGGUCAUAGAGAUGUAGUCUUUAAGGAUGGAAAGUCAUUGAAUAUCAACAGAAUGGGCAUCGAUCUGACUCGAUAUGUACGUCGCAUAUUUUUCUUCGACUUGGGUACGCAUAAAUCUUUCUUCAAGGACCUAAACAGCUUUGAUAUAUCUAGUGCCCAGGAAUUGACGGAGUACAUACCAUUACCUAACCUCGAAAAGAUCAGGGAUAUUUGCUACUUCAAUAGUGUCAUUUACUGGAUAAUUGGGGGCUCAUCAGGGGGUAUCGGCAAGAUGACUGACUACGACCAGACCAACCCAUCCUUUCAAUUUCAAGAAAUAAGUCAAUUUAAUCCUCGUCGAGCGUACUUCGCUGACAUAGAAGCUUGACUUCUUUUAGUCUUGAGUUUUCUGUGAUAAAGAAUAUAAACAAUUAAUAAACAAUUUUCCUGUCAAAGAGUUAUUCAUAAAACUUAACAAAGAUAAACUAAAUAUAAGUUAUUAUACAUGUAGUUGUUACUAAAUGAUAGGCGUAUGUGCGAAGCCUUUACUUGUCAAAAUCGUGAAUUUGAUGCAAUCAUAUGUUUUAAAUUCCUCAUCGAUUUUUUUCCCCUCUUCUAAUGAAGAUAAUAUGAAAAAUAUGACGUUUAUGCAGAAGAUGAAGUGUCAUGGGCAAGUCACCGAACUGUGGAUGAAUUAGUCCGUGGUUCGAGUCCAACAUGCGGAACUAAUGUCCCUUGGCAAGAGACUUAUCUAUGUAGCUCUAGUGGAGGUGUCAUGGUAGAGUGGUUCAUUCACUUGACUCUCAAUUCAAGGGUUGGGGGUUCGAACCCCAGGUCAAUACUAAGGUCCUUUGGUAAGACAUUAAUCCACAUUAACGACUCUCCACCCCCGUGUUAAUUGGGAACUUUCCGAUUCGCAGGUGAAUACUGAUGAUAAUUCUGAUUAUAAUAAUGAUAACAACAUCAUCAGCAACAAUAAUAGUAAUAAUAAUAACAAUGAUAAUAAUUUAAAUAAUAAUUUGGAUAACAGUACUGAUAUUUAUAAUGAUUAUAAUUAUUUUCAAUAUUUAUGUUGGUGUUAUUACUCUCAACCGAGGUAUAGUAAAUUGGCAUAGGAAAAGACUCCUUAUAGGGCGUUUUGAGCAUGUAAUAUGGAUGUAUGAUUAUGUGUAUAUUUAAAAAAAUAUAGUCUUCGUUAUAAUUAUCAUCCUAAAUAACAUGUUGAGGGCUUUGCUCUAGCCCUGAAACCUCGUUUAGCACCAAAUGAUAACAGCAUGCAUGGAAAUUCCCGGGAGGUUUAUAAACUCGUAAUAAUUUAAUGGUGUGAUUUAAGCCUUGAACAGAAUCGGAGCGGUGAACUGUGGUGGUUAUUCAUGAUGGCGUCAGGUGUAACACUCUUCACAUUCCCUAUC